UGAGCAAACUGGAGAAUUUGGAUAGAGAGAAAGAGAGAGAGGGUACAGAGAGACCAUUGAACUGUAUAAAGCAGGGAAGAGAUUCAGUAGCAGUCGGGAUAUGCACUCCGAAGCAAAAGAAAGUGUAACCUGUACGUUGAUUUAUGACCGGUUGACCUGCUGUUGCCGGUUUGACCUGCAGCUUUCAGUGACCAGAGUUUAUGGACAGACUGAUCAAUAGAGAACCGCACCUCUGAAUUCCCUCUCAACCUUCAGCAAACAUGACAACUGCCACAAGACUUCUGGAUGAGCUGUGUCACUUAACGGCUCAAUCUCUAGAAUCACUGGAGCCUUUAGAUCAUUUCCAAGUUAUUAAACUUCUUGGAGAGGGUUCAUAUGGACAAGUCAAGUUAGCAGUGCACAAGAAGAGAGGAACCCCAAUGGCCCUUAAAUUCUUUCUGCGGGACGACACAUCUCUACUGUCAUUUCUGAGGGAAUAUAACCUGUCUUUGGCCUUCUGCACACACCCCUCGCUUACCUCAGCUUUCGGCAUUGCAUUCUCCACUCCAACUCACUAUGUGUUUGCUCAGCAACCUUGCCUUUAUGGCGACCUCUAUGAUGUCAUCGUUCCUGAGGUUGGUCUGGAAGAGAGUCGUGCCCAGGGAGUGGCUUCCCAGAUUAGCGGUGCCCUCUCUCACCUCCAUUCCCUUGGCUUUGUCCAUCGUGAUGUCAAACCAGAAAACAUCUUCCUAUGUGACCGUGAAUGUCGUUGGGUCAAGCUUGGAGAUUUUGGCAUGGUGAAGGCUGCAGGCACCAGGGUACCAUGCGUGUGGUACAGCUCCCCUUACUGCACGCCUGAAGCUGAAAUAGCAAGGAAGAGCGAAGAAACCGAUUCGGGCCACUUGGAGGUGGACAACAAUGGGAACAAGCAAAGAGGAAACUCUGGAAAGACUCAAAGGGUGUUGGUGUCUGUGGAUCCCAGUACAGACAGCUGGGCAUUAGGCAUUCUAAUCUACGCCAUGCUCAUGGGGAGCCUUCCAUGGUCUGAGACUGUCUCAGACAACACUGCAUAUAAAAGCUAUCUACAAUGGACCAACUGGCAAGGUUCAGCAUCACAACAGAGAGGUUCAGAUCUGCCUGAAAACUUUCACCGCAUGGCACCGCAAUUUGCAGCAUUCACCCCUCUUGCGGCUUGCCUUCUUAGGUCCCUGCUCCACCCACAGUCCAGGGUUCGUGGCAGGCCAGAUGAGGUGGAAAGGUAUCUGGGAGGAGCCUGGUUAUUAGACAAGGAUAUCAGCGGGUGAUGCAUCAAAGGAAAGACAAGACAUUGACGUCGGAUCACUCCAUGGUGGGAACAAUUGUUCUUCUGUUUAAUAUGCUACAUAUAAGCAUUAUUAGUUGAGAGUUUCUUUUCCCGACUGAUCACUAUAGAUCUUAGCUGUAAACACUAAUUUACUAAACAGGGCAAAUUAGGGUAAGAACGCAAUCUCAUAAAAGUGCAGAUGGGAGUGCAAAGUUCUGCGGAUGAGAACAGACACAACCAGAUCAUUUCCAUAAUGACCAACACAAUCUACCAAGAGCAGCGCAAAUUAGCAUCUAGUUUGAGACAUGCUUUUUUAAUGGCACAAAUACCAGUAAACUGACAAGCACAAACCUAAGUAAAUAGUGUUGCAUGACCCAGAAGAGUUAAGGGUUAUAUACUGUAACUGAAAAGGGGUACAAAAAGUGUUUCUAAAAACUUGGGCCUCAUCCACAGUCCAGCACCAUUACUACACUCCAAAACAAUGUGUGUCCUACAAAGAUCAGUAUAAGGCUAUACUAUGGAAUCAACCACAUAUGUGUUUAUAAGUCUAAAUAAACAUUGCCGGCAUCUCCACUUUCCAAAGCCUAUCAUCUGGAAUUUCGACAGUACAGUUGUACCUGUACCUGCGGAACAGAAGUUGAACUUGUUUACUGCAUAGUUUAUGGUGGGGAAAAACCCAGACAUGCACAACUAUGAUGCCAUCAAAAUCUAACAAUGAUUUUGUUCAUCGGGAAUUCGUUUGAAUCAUUGUUUGCUAACUGCUGCAAUCUCAUGCAAGUGACAGGUUGUUGGACGGGAUGUUUUACGCCUUAGUGCACACAUCGGAGAAAAGAUUUUUUUGUGAGAGCAAGUUAAUGUUUUUGAUUAAAUAUUACGAGGGCACAUUGAUAAUGAAUCUUACAGUAUUUUAUGUGGACCUCCCGCAUGCAUAAUGAAGUAGGAUUUCCCAUCUGGGGCAAGUAUAGGUCUCUGCAGUAAAGUAAUGGGAGUUACCAGAUUGGGGCAUUUUUCGACGAUGUUACCUGAUUGGCUGACAUCAUAGUGACGGUAGGUUUAGGGGUGGGGUUAGGUAAAGGGGAUCAUUUUGAUUGCAUGAUUUAGUCAGAAACACCCACUUUUGCACUGCAGAGACCUCAAUCUCAUCUGGGGGAUCUCAUCCUGACACCCUAGGGGUUCAUGGUGGAACUGCAGGGAACCUGUGAUAGAAAUAUAGAAUUGUUAAUAUGAAAUAAAUCAAAAUAAAGGAUUCAAAAUUUAA